AGCUUAACCAAUCUCUCACCUAUCUCAUUCUAACAAAAAAAAAGAGGUUCGUGGAGUCCGAGCUUCUUCUCUCUCUCUUUCUGAAGAGUUACAGAUCUUGAGAUCCUCUCCGGGAAGGGGUUUUAAUUUUCGACGAGCAUGGACGGGCGCGAAUCGUACGGCACGUCGUGGGCGGACCAGUGGGACAACAGCCCGGACCCGGCUCCUCUGGCAGAGAGCAACAAGAAGAAGAGCCUCACGAGCGGCAUCGCGACGGCCAAGUACAAGGAGAAGAUGGGGGAAGGGCUCGUCAAGACCAAGACCGCCGCGUCGCACGGCGUCAAGAAGGUCAAGGAAGGAACCACCGUCGGCAUCCAGUGGAUCAAGGACAAGUACCACAAGACCACCCACAAGAACUAAACUAACAUGGCUUCAGCUCUUUUCGGUUCUUUUCGGUUCUUUUCGAUUCUUUCCUUCAUCUGUAUAAAAUAUAGGAACAUAUGCGCGCUUGCAUGUGACUGUUGUAUGAUAUGGGCUUGACGAUCCUUCCCCUCUUCGGAUUUCUAGUGGAUUAUAUAGUUC